AUGCAUUUACUAUCCCUCCUCUCGCUUUCCACGCUUACCACUGCGGCGCUCACCUACCGCGGCGCCGAUAUCUCUUCUCUUCUAAUUGAAGAAGACGCUGGCAAAAGUUACAAAAAUGCCAAUGGCCAGACAGAAGCCCUAGAAACUAUAUUGGCGGGUAAUGGAGUGAACUCGGUCCGACAGCGGAUAUGGGUGAAUCCGAGCGAUGGAUCGUACGAUCUGGACUACAACGUGGAGUUGGCCAAAAGAGUGAAAGAUGCGGGAAUGGGUGUUUAUUUGGACUUGCAUUUGAGCGAUACGUGGGCCGAUCCUUCUGAUCAAACAACCCCCUCCGGCUGGUCAACAACAGACAUUGACACCCUCACCUGGCAAGUCUACAACCACACCAUCGACGUCUGCAACACGUUUGCCAGUAACAACCUCGACGUCGAGAUAAUCUCCAUCGGCAAUGAAAUCCGCAACGGCCUCCUCUGGCCCCUAGGCAAGACUGAUAGUAGUGAUGGCUACUACAACAUCGCGAAAAUCCUACACUCCGGUGCGUGGGGCGUGAAGGAUUCCGAUCUCAGCACAACGCCGAAGAUCAUGUUCCACCUGGAUAACGGGUGGGAUUGGGAAUCGCAGAAGUAUUUCUACGAUAGUGUCCUUGCCAGCGAUACCGCGCUGGAGUCGAGUGAUUUUGAUUUGAUCGGGGUGUCGUAUUAUCCGUUUUACAACGCGGACGCGACGUUGUCGGUUUUGGAAAGCAGUUUGAAGAAUUUGCAGUCAUCUUACAGCAAAGAUGUGGUAGUUGUUGAGACGGAUUGGCCGGUUACAUGCUCGAGCCCGGAGUAUGAUUUUCCAUCGGAUGUUUCGUCGAUUGCGUUCUCUGCUGAUGGGCAACGGUCGUUUUUGGAGAAAUUGGCCAAUACCAUAUCCACUGCCGGCGGAGUGGGAUUGUACUACUGGGAGCCGGCGUGGAUUGAGAACGCGGGAUUAGGAUCGAGUUGCGAGGAUAAUCUCAUGGUGGAGCAGGAGGGAGAGGUUAGGGGGAGUGUGAGUGUUUUUGGAGAUCUGUGA